AUGCCGCACCCGAUCGAGAUCACGUCCGUCGCCCAGUGGAACUCGACCCUGCGAGGUGCGACCGCCGCCGGCCAGACCGUCGUCGUCGACUGCUACGCCGUUUGGUGCGCCAUCGCGCCCGUCUUUGACAGGCUCGCCGCCCAGCUCGAGCACGUCCUCUUUGUGCGAGUCGACGUCGACAAGAUGGCCGCCAUUGCGCAAAAGUACAAGGUCAGCGCGAUGCCGACUUUCUUCGCCAUCAAGGCCGGCCAAGUCGUCGACACGCUCAAGGGCGCCGACCCGGCCGGCCUGACGCGCCUCGCGCGGGCGCACGCCGGCCCGAACCCGCCCGUGCCGCCUCUCAGCGCCGAGGCCGAGCAGCUCAAGGACGAGGGCAAUACGCUGUUCAAGGCGGGCGAGUACGUCCAGGCGAGGGAGGCGUUCGGCAAGGCGAUCGAGCUGGCGCCAACCUCUUUCAUCCUCCUCGGCAACCGCGCCCUGUCCUCGCUCAAGCUCUCACCGCCCGACUUUUCCUCGGCGCUCUCGGACGCCGAAGCGGCCGUCGCGCUCGCGCCGGCAUGGGCCAAGGGUCACGUGCGGCGAGGCGAGGCGCUCGAGGGUCUCGAGAGGACGGGCGAGGCGGUCAAGGCGUUCGAGGAGGCUGUCAGGACGGGGUCGGGGACCGUGCAGAGCGAGGCAAAGGCCAAGCUCGAGAAGGCCAAGGCCAAGUUGACGUAG